AUGGGGACGUUGUCAUCUUUGUUGGAAUUGAGACGCUUCAUUGUAUAUAAAUCGAGAAGGCGAGUGGAUCAGUCACAAGGUUUCACUGGCGUUUCUGGAUCGACGUCACCGGGAUGGGAAGGUGGUGCGAACAACACAGCAGCCGAGUCGAGCGAUCGAUCCCUUGCCAGGCCACCAACAAGGCAGAAAUGUUCUUUUGAUUUGGCCUGGAAUGCCCGGAAUCCAUUCCGGCUGACGUCAUCCCGCAAGCUGCCACAAAUGGGCCGCGCUUGCCUGUUUGGGCUUAAGGCCGAGCUACGCAAAACCUGGGGUAAGUGGGGAGUCAACUAA